AUGCUGUCUCUUAAUAAUCUGUUUCGCUGGCACAUAUGGUCGUCGCUCUGGGGUUUUAUCUCCAAUUUCAUUAGGAGCAUCAGUCUAUUCCAAUACCUCGGCGGGACAGCAAGGCCAACCCUUGACGACGAUGUUGAACCUGGACGUACAGAAGCACAAUUCCACCAUAAUGCCAAAUCGCCUGAAGAUUCAAGCCACCUCGUUGCCGACCGCCCAACCGCCGAACAGUCUGGUAACGAGAUAAUCUUGCACGUGAAGCACCCACCGAAAUGUAUAUCGAUUGGUUUUUCCGGAAUCAUCUGUGAAAUCGACGAAGAUACCAUUGUGAAACACCCAAAGGUCAUUCCGAAUAAUGAUUCAUACAAUCAGAUGUACCGCGAUAUGAUCAUUAACGAAAGACUGAUCUACGAGCGCCUGGGAAGUCAUAAAGGGAUUAUUUCAUACUUGGGCGUCCACGACCAAUUAACCGGUGCGAUAAAAUUGGCAUAUGCAAAGGAAGGGGAUCUGGAAUGCUAUAUUCAAAGCCAUGACAAGCCAUCUGAAGCAAUUCGCGCCACCUGGAUUCGAUUGCUAGUGGAGACUUUCUGGUAUAUCUCCUCUCAAAAAAUCCACCAUCAAGAUGUCAAGCCCAACAAUAUACUUGUUGAGAAUGGCAGUUUGAAGGUUGUUGAUUUUGCCAACGCCACAAUGCAUGCAUUGGAUGCUGAUAUGGAAGAGAUCUGCGCGAAAGAUCCAUUGUCACGAGUUGAUAUACUUGGUCUUGGAUGUAUUAUUUAUUCUAUUGCAGCAUGGCGGGUCUUCUACUAUGAUUAUUUUGAACAUGAUUGCUGGCCAGAGCUAGAAAAUCUCCCGGUAACAAGCGGCCUACUUUACGAGGAUAUCAUCAACAAAUGCUGGAUAGAUGGCUAUGGUACUAUAAAAUUGCUGUAUGAAGACUGCAAUGCUUUUUCUGGCUUGGAGUGA